ACAGUGCUUUCGGUUAGAUGGCAUGUUUUCCACUAACGGACCACACCGAGGACGCGCUUUCGACUCCAUUCACAAACAUCACGGAGAAAAUCAACACAACUAUGAGAUGAAUAAAUCGACAUUUAAUCAUACGAAUGAGAACCAAGAUGAUUCCCUGUCCUCCAAAAGAGAACAUGCAGCAAUCGUCUUCUCUCUGAAGAAUGAAGUCAGUCACCUUAUAAAGGCAUUAAAAAUUUUUCAGGAAAACCAUAUCAGCCUUUUGCAUAUUGAGUCCCGGAAGUCCAGGCGGCGUAACUCUGAGCUGGCUUCCACAACACUGGAGGUGUUGGUCGACUGUGACAGUGAGAGAGAGACUCUGAAUAAAAUCAUUCAGCUGCUGAGAAAGCAAACAAACAUCAUCGCCAUGGACUUACCGGACAGACAGAGCACACCUGAAGAUGCGAUCUCAGAAGAGCCCUGGUUCCCCAAGAAGAUCUCAGAUCUUGAUAAGUGUGCUAAUCGUGUUCUGAUGUACGGUUCUGACCUGGACGCUGAUCAUCCUGGAUUUAAAGACAGUGUCUAUCGUAAGAGAAGGAAGUACUUUGCUGACCUUGCAAUGAACUACAAACAUGGAGAACCGAUCCCACAUGUGGAAUUCACAGAGGAGGAGGUGAAGACGUGGGGUGUAGUGUUCAGAGAGUUAAAUAAACUCUACCCUACACACGCCUGUAGAGAGUACCUGCGUAACCUGCCUCUGCUCACACAACACUGCGGCUACAGAGAAGACAACAUCCCUCAGCUGGAGGACGUGUCGCGCUUUCUCAGAGAACAAACAGGCUUCACAAUUCGCCCAGUGGCUGGAUAUUUGUCACCCCGUGACUUCCUGGCAGGUCUGGCAUUUCGUGUGUUCCACUGUACUCAGUACGUUCGUCACAGUUCUCAUCCACUCUACACGCCUGAGCCAGAUACAUGUCAUGAGCUGCUUGGUCACGUGCCCUUGCUGGCAGAACCGAGUUUCGCUCAGUUCUCUCAGGAGUUAGGCCUGGCUUCACUGGGGGCCUCUGAUGAUGCUGUCCAGAAAUUGGCGACUUGCUACUUCUUCACGGUCGAGUUUGGCUUGUGUAAGCAGGACGGCCAGCUUCGAGCAUACGGGGCUGGUCUUCUCUCAUCCAUCAGUGAACUUCAGCAUGCGCUCUCGGGCAGCGCCAAAAUCCUGCCGUUCGAUCCCAAAGUGACAUCCAGGCAGGAGUGUCUCAUCACCACCUUUCAGGAGGUUUACUUCAUGUCUGAGAGCUUCAAUGAGGCCAAGGUUAAAAUGAGGGAAUUUGCUAAAACCAUCAAGCGCUCAUUCACUGUGCGCUACAACCCAUACACACAGAGCGUGUGUGUGCUCAGGGACAUGCCCAGCAUUAACAGCGUGGUCGAGGAACUCCGACAUGAACUGGACAUAGUGGGAGACGCACUCCAAAGGCUCAACAUACAAAUGGGAAUCUAAGGCCACAAUGCACUGCUUAUAUCAGGGGUCAAACUCCAGUCCUGGAAGGGUCACAACAUGGCAGAGUUUGGUGAGCUAAGAGGGUUUGAUAAUGAGUUGAAUCGCACUUUCUCUGCAGUGUUGCGACCAUUGUGGACUGGAGUCUGAGAUCACUGGCUUAGUUAAAGCUUGUCAAUUAUUUUUCACACUACAACUGCAAAUCAUUUAGACGUAGCAGUCAGAUCCUGUUUUCUGCACUUAAAAAUCAAUGCUGAGCGAAUGCCAACACGAUACACUUCAGUAAAUGUUGCACACUUGUACUAAUCAAGGCCAUUAAAAUCUGUCUCAUAGAAUCUGGCCAUUUUCACAUCAGUCUGAUCUCCUAAUCAAUCAAACGCACAACUGGUUAAAGCCUGUCGGGAAUACAUUUACGGUACCAGUCAUUAGUUU